GCUUACACAAUGACAGUUUCCGUCACUUUGACUUGCAAAUCGUAAUCGCGUUGAACAAGCGGUUUUUUUUUUUUUUCGUUUGUAAUUUCCGCUGGAACGACAAUUUCACCAUUUCAAACUAUCGAUCGAUAUCGAUUACUAUAUCAGAUACACACAGAGACCGAUUUUCGAGACAAGUACAAGUUGUACUUGUUGUAACUUUACUUAAACUCUGAACUUCCAGCUCGAGGCCCAGCAGAGAGCUCGAGCGGCAGCUCCGAAAAGUUUGUUGUUGUCACGUGACGUGAGACGAAUGUGGCGAUAAAAGUUUGUUUAGGUAGUAAAACUAGGUGGCGUACUACAUUAUCAAACCCUAUCGAUCACCGUUUUCACCACAAUGCCUCAACCAAAACAUCGAAAGAUUGCUGUUAUAGGUUACAGGUCUGUAGGAAAGUCAUCUCUUACAAUACAGUUUGUGGAAGGACAGUUUGUUGAUUCUUACGACCCCACCAUCGAAAACACCUUUAACAAAUUGGUCAGCGUGAAUGGUCAAGACUUCAAUCUUCAACUUGUUGAUACAGCUGGACAAGAUGAGUACUCAAUUUUUUACCAAUCCCACUCAAUGGACAUCCACGGGUAUGUCCUUGUCUAUUCAGUGACUUCCUCAAAAAGUUUUGAAGUUGUGCAGGUUCUACACGACAAGCUGCUAGACAUGGUUGGGAAGAUUCAGGUCCCAACUGUUCUUGUAGGGAACAAAAAAGAUCUCCACAUGGAAAGGGUUAUCAAGCCAGAGGAGGGAAAGCAGCUUGCUGAUUCCUGGGGUGCUGCAUUCAUGGAGUCCUCAGCCAAGGAGAAUGAGACUGCCGUGGAGGUUUUCAAGCGGAUCAUUUUGGAGAUGGAGAAAGCUGAUGGAAAUGCACCCCAAGAGGAGAAGAAGUGUGCUGUUAUGUAAAAGUGUAUCCAGGACAUCAGUAAGCUCGUUUGCUGAAGACAGGAGGCACAACUUCACCAGCUUGCCAAUCGCGACCUCACCGACACCAAGACACUGCAGUGGAACUUUUCUGCUCCAUUGUGAUACCAGAUUGAUUUACAUAGCACGGCAACUGCUACAACAGUUGAUAAACUAUUCCACCAAGUGUUAUCACAGGGAGAUGUUUCUUAGAGCAAGAAUAAUCUUUGUUUUAGACAAAGAAGCACCAUCAGCGAACACUUUCUUUAAAUACUGAAAUGUAAUCUAUGACUGGGCCAAAUCUUGACUUUGAAGUUCAACUAAAUGCUCAGAAAUCUAAAUUAUAUUGCCAAACAUACUGGUCUCAAUGAAUUGCAUCAACAUUUUUCAUGAACAUAUUAUAGCAAUAACUACUUGUAAAUCGGAUGUUUGAGACACAAUUGGCUUAUGUCUCAUAACUCUUUGAGUAGUUGAUAGUAGUAAAUGCACCGUAAGGAGUUUGUUAAUGACCUUUUGAGGACUGGUAUUAUUUCAGCAGGUCUUUUUUCGACAGUGAUGGAUAGUCACAGUACACAUUGCUUUAAAUGUGGUGUUAAAUAUCAGUAUUUCUCACAAAUGGGGGAUUUCCUUGAACACUCUGGAGUGAGAUUUCACAUAAGAAGUUUCACUAUUGUUUCACAGUUCUUGUCACUGUCAUUUUUAUCAACUCAUCUUCAGGUACCUUUCGCCAGUGAACAUGUGAACUGUGUCUUCACGAUGGAGGAAUCUAUAUGUAUAUCUAACAACUUGCAUUCUAAGCUUUUCUGCUUAAGCAGAUUAGUCAUCUUCCAUUGUUUCUACAGUUUAAUUUCUCCUUAUGGACUGUAAUAAACAUGUUAUCUUGUUGACGACCCUCCGAGAAAUUUAGUAUAGAUAUGAAUAGAUCUUUUGUAUUUACCAGUAAUGGCCUUUUUAUACAAUAUAAAUAGAAUCCUAGAAAUUGGUUUGAUUGGUGCAGGUUUGCUCUCCCUUCAAUAUCUUAAGUAUAGUAUAUGGUUAUAAGUGCGUUAUAAUUAUAAACACUGUUGAGUUGCAAUUUUUUAAUUGCAUUUUAACACUGCGUAAGACUAUUUAAAUGGCCAAAGGCCACAGAGUUAGAUUAGUAAUUUUUGAUCUCAUGGUUUUGAUUUGACCAAGCCAGGGUGGCGUGCAGUCCCUUUUAAUUUAUAUUGUGGACUUGCAUGAUCACUGCUAGAUACUUGAGAUCCUUAAUGACUUGUGUUUCUUAGAUCCUGUAGCCUUAAAGACAUGACACUUUGUGGAUUUUCACCAUAAUCCUCAUGUUCUACCUGUAGUGGGUUAUUGUAACUUUUUAUCAAGUGCUUUUGCUGAGUAAGUGGUUGAUUGAUGGAUUAUUGAUGAUGGUUGAAGAGAAGCUGGUGAUGCUGUGUCUUGUGCCUUACAGUUGUUCAAACACCCCCCCUCCAAAUCUGCUUCCCCUCACGACUCAAGGUGCUCUUAAAGGGUUUUUUGUUUUUCCUACUGUUGACUUGAUACCAUGGUGCAGGUGGUGUUGUGCACCUGAACACCAGUAUUCCCUUUGUGGGUCUAUGUUAAUUCAGAAAUCUUGCUGUAAACAGUUUUGUAUAUAAAUAAAUCUGUUACUCAUU